AUGAGGGUAAAAACUCCAAUUAGGUAGUAACCCUUUUUUAAUUAGUAUUAACUCCGCUCUUUUCUCCAAAAAUCAGUCCUCCGCAAAUAGCACCUGCAAUUAGAGAAUGAAAAGGAGAUUAUACUCCUCUUAAUCUAUUAAGUAAACAUACAAGAGACUUGUAUGAAAAGACGUAUGUACCCAAGUUUCUAGCAUGCUCUAAAUAUUGUCAUAACCAAAGCAUGCAUAAAGCGAAUUUUAGCUCCAUAGUAUAAGCCAUUUCUCAAACCUCUUACAGAAGAUACAACACAAGACUGGUGGUUACAAGGAGCUUUAGAGACAAAUGUUUCCAUAACAAAUUUUUAAAUAAAAAAUUGGUUUUCUUAAUUUGCUUUCAUUUUGUUAGAAGUAGAGUCGUUUUAGUAUAAUAUUAUCAAUGAGCUAUAAUACCGAAUUAUUUUGAUGCCUUUAUUUGAUUUAAUAUUAGGAUAAUCAAUGAAUAAAUAGAAUCUUAAGAUUGCUUAAUCUCAAUAUUAUCAACAUAAAAAAACAUUAGAGUGA